CCAACUCCCCCCCUAAAUUUUACCUUUCCAACAAUCAAACUUUUGUGUAAAAGCAAAAUAAUGUUUUUGCCUAAAGAUACCUUUGUAUUAUUUAAAAACACAGAUGAAGAUCUCACAAGAAGAUGCACAGCAGUGAAGACCAUCUUAAUGUGAAUAACCAUCUUUUCCCACGGGCAACAUAAUGAUAAAAGAGUUUAUUCCCUGGACUGCCACUCGGGAUAACUUGAGAAUUCAUUUCUCUUUUGCCAUAUCAGUUGCCGGUUUUUUGGUUUCUUUUCAUCUAAAUUGGAGACAUGACAAGCCCUGAGAAUAUUUGGACAUCACAUGGAAUGUUAAUUGUUUCACAUAUAAAACUUACUUUAUGGUUCGAAAUGUGCUAUUGGAGAAAGCAGAGUUAUUGCACAAGUGAUGGUGGAGACCGAAGAGAGGAGUUCUUAAGGAAAUCUCUUUUACCUUCUCCAAGCUGGUAUAUAGCUGUUCUGUUCAUCAUGUUCUUCAAAACAAUCAACAUGAGGGCUGAGAACCAACUGCUUCCGUUGGAUCAACUGAACCUUCAAGCAGAAAUUUAUCUGCUGACAAUGACCUUAUAGAAAAUAAGAUGCUGGAGCAGCAGAAGGUUUUUCUUCCUUGUUCCUGUUCCAUUUAGAGAGCAACAAUAAAAUGUAAACAAAUCAUUUAGGCCUAUGGCUUUGCACGGCCUUGGACAUUGUUUCAAUUCCCUCUUCUUUGGAACAAGUUUGGAGGUUAGAGCAGGUUCUUCUUCAUCAUGGCUGUGUGUUAAACAAGGUGUCAUCUCGAGCUGCAUGAGGGUUCUUCGUCAUGUCUGUAUAUAACAUCAGUAGGUGUUUUGACUGUGUAGGAGGAAAUUACCAUAUUAUCGGUUUUCAGUCACACAUUCUAUGUGUUCUCAUCUUCUGUAGCAAAACCAACUUCUCAUUUGAGACUGUAUUUCUUUUCACAAUAAACAAUUUCAGCGAUU